CGCCGAGCGGCCGAGCGAGCGCCAUGUCCGCGUGUGCGCCGCGCGCCUGCUGCCGGCCGCGCGCCCCGCCGACCUUACUCGACAUCACAGCGAAAAUAGUCGCCGCCGCGAUCCCGUUCCAACGCAUCGAGGAGCGCUAUGAACGCAUCCCGGAGCCAGUGCAGCGCCGCGUCGUGUACUGGUCGUUCCCGAGGGAUGAGCGGGACAUCUGCAUGUACUCGUCGCUGGCGCGGGCGCCUCCCGACGACCACCGCAACAUCGCCUUCUGCCGCGGCCUCAAGCUGCUGGAGGCUGGCUGCGUGGAGAACGUGCUACAAGUCGGUUUCCAUUUGAGCGGAGUGGUGCGCGCGCCCGCCGCGGUGCCACCAUGCUCCGAGCCGGAACGGUUAUACAGGGUCACUGUCUCCUUCGACAGAUGCAAGAUCACAGGAGUGACGUGCAGCUGCGAAGCUCGCGACAUCUUCUGGUGCCAGCAUGUGGUGGCGCUGGCGCUCUACCGCAUCAGGAACGCAGACUCCGUCAGGCUGAGGGUUCCUAUAUCAGAAACCCUCCUCCAAAUGGACAGGCAACAGCUGCAGAAGUUCGUGCAGUACCUCAUAGCGGAGCACCACACGGAGGUGCUGCCCACUGCACAAAGGCUAGCUGAUGAGGUCCUGCAGGCCAGGUCUGCGAUCAACAGGAUCUGUGGAGCACCCGACCCGACGGCCGGCCCGCCGCCCGACGCUCACCAUGCCUGGCACUUGGAUGAGCAGCAGGUCUGCGAACAAGUGCGAGCAUACUUAUUACAGGGGACAUAUUACAAUGCAAAUAAACAACUUAAUUCAUUAUUUUCUAAGGUUAGGGAGAUGCUCCGUGCACAGGAUUCGAACGGUCCUCGGAUGCUGAUGCUGAUGACAGAACAGUUCCUAUCAGACCCUCGGCUCUUGUUGUGGAGGAAUCAGAACACCCCCAUGACGGAGAAGUGUAGACAGUUGUGGGAACAGCUGGGCGCGUUGUGGGUCAGCAUAGUGCUGGACCCUGGCAGCAAUAAGCACCAUAGGAUGCAGUGGAGGCAUUUGUUAGAGAAAUGGUCCGCUGUUGAAGUUUGUCCUACUGAAGAUCCGGAUUAUAGGUCGUUUCCAUUGUACGCGAGAGAAAGGGAACGAAACGAGAGGGAUCGAGACAGAGACCACAGGGACAGGGACAGAGAGAGACAUCGCGACAGAGAGGAGAGGGACAGAGAGAGACUGCGAGAAAGAGAGGAGAGGGAUAGAGAAAGACAUAGAGAAAGACAGAGGAGAGAUAUGCAUUCCCAUUCUGAGAGUUCCGACGAAGAAUCUAGGCCUAAUAAUUAUGAACGUGAAUACAGGAGAGCAAGCAAGAGACUAAGACUAAACAACCAAAGACCCGCGCCGCAGCUCACGCCACGGACUGUUUUUCAUAAGGCGUUAGACGCGGUAGACAUAUCGUGGGAGAACGAGCACUUGAAGAAUAUCCUGGGCAGCGACGAGUACAGCGACCCGGAUAAGCCGGGCAAGCCGGGCAGUUCCACCACCACCACGCUGCAGCCUUAUCCUAAGUUUAAUGAUGAUGGACAGCCCUUGUGGCAUGAGCACUUGCCGGUGGUGGGCGCGCGCAUCGAGGCGCUGCGCGCACACGGCCGCGCGCCCGCCGCGCUGCGCCUCGCCGUCAGCGCCGCCCGCGCCAUGAGGCAUCGACAGGAGGUAUCCCAACAACGUUGGCAAGAGGCGGGGGGUGAGGCAUCAAGCUCGUCGUCCACCGCAUGCGGGGCGGCGGAGGCGUGCGCGGGCGCGUGCGGGGAGCGCGUGAAGCUGUCGCACGUGUGCGCGCACAUGGACUUCGGCUCGUGUCUGUCCAGUGGCGCCACCUGUGCUCUGUCGCAUACGCAGCGGUGUAUUGGUAGAGACAGUAGAUGCUGGACAGGCUGGACGCUAGAAGCCAUCUGGUGCGUGUACGAGUGCCUGGCGGACGCAUGCCUGGCGCCGGACGACCAGCGGGCCUCGCCGCGGCUACACACCGCUUAUCUGGAUGAAGAACCUAAUACUGGCUUGCCGCCCAGAUACCAACACGUCCCAGUAGCCGGCAGCAAGAACCCUGAAGAGACUUACCUAGCUUUAGCACUGGAAGCGGCACUCCUAGGCUUGGGCGUACAACGCAUGUUACCAUCAGGGCUAUACGCUCAAGAGAGGCACUGUAAGCAGGAGGAGAGGCUAAUAGGCGUGUUGCAAAGGGUGGAGGGGGAGGCGGCCGGGGGGGUGUGUGCUCGCGUGGCCACCGCCCUCCUCGCGGGAGGCCCCGCCUCCUGCCUCGGCGCCACCGUCCAUCCCAGAGCGGCGCCCGCGCAUACAUUCGCAAGGUUCCUCUUUCUGGCGCUGUUGCCGGCUAAUGCUGAUCUGGCGUACAAAGUUGGAUUGAGAGCUAUGAGGCUACCGAUGGUAGAGGAGGCGUACGCUUUGGACGGCAGCAGCGCUGCGGGCGGUGCUAGCGCGGCCGGUGCCUGGCAUACCCUGCAGCAUGCUGAACAACAGCAGGCGGCAUUAGCCAGCGCGUUGCUAGGUGCAGCCCGAGGGAAUCCUGGGCGACUCCGAGCAGCGCUAGGAGCAGCCCAGCGUCACGUGCGGUCAGCAGCACAGCUGUUCCGCCUGGCGCAGGACGCGCUCCGCCACGCGGCGCCGCCGGCCGCGCCUCACCAUCACCGUGACCUGCUGGCUGCUGCCUUCGAACUGGGCUUGCAGGUGCUACGCAUGACGUUAUCAUCAGUGAACUGGCGACGGCGCGAGAUGGUGCGGUGGCUGGUCACCUGCGCCACGGAGUUGGGGCUCGAGGCGCUCAUGUCCAUCAUGCAGAACUGGUUCGAGCUGUUCACGCCAACAGAAGCGACGGGUCCCGUGGCGGCCGCCGCGAUGUCGCACGCGACGGCGCUGCGGCUCGGCCUCAGCUUCGACCAGCAGGAGAAGCUCAGUGCCUGCGCUAGGACUUUAGCGCUGCAGUGCGCUGCUAAGGACCCGCCCGGCUGCGCAUUAAGCGCGCUCUCAGUGUGCGAGGGCUCAGCAGGCGCCUUCGAGGCAGCGUGCGCGGCAGUCGGCGGCGCCGCGGCCAGGGGAGCGCUCGCCUCCAGCCAACUGUUCGCCGUGGCGAGGUACAUGGAGCAACGAGGCCAGCCCGCAAGAGCCAUGCGUCUAGCGACCUUAGCGAUGAGGAACUUACAUCUGCAUUACAAUCAGGACAGCCACCCCGCGAUCGCGGACAUUCACUGGGCGGUGGCGCUGGCGCACUCGCUCGGCCGCGCAGAGCUACAAGCAAUGUUGCCGCUUCUCGUCAAGAAUGUCCAGUGUGCGCCCGUGCUUUCGGACGUGCUGCGUCGCUGCUGCGUGGCGGCGGCGGGCUGCUCGCGGUCGCGCGGGGCUCCGCCGCGGCCGCCGACGCCGCUGCGGCCGCUCCUAGAGGCGGCCCUGCGCGCCUACGCCUCCACCACGCACGCGCGGCUCGCGCACAUCUCGCCGCGGCACUACGCUGACUUCGUCGACUUCCUCGGCAAAGCCCGCGACACAUUCGCCCUCGCCCCGGACGGGCCGCACCAAUUCGCGGCGCUGUUACAAGAAAUCAAGCUCAAAUAUAAAGGGAAGAAGAAACUCAUGUUUCUCGUCAAGGAGCGCUUCGGAUGAGCCUCAACUACCCGUCCUCUACGGAACCCACCGAGUUUGAAACGUCUUUCUACAUUAUAACGCCAUUCCAUAUUGAUUAUUAAUGAAAAAACAUUUUUGUUACGAUGCGAGCGGAAUUUGUUACAAUUUUUUGGGUGUAGCAUCGGUUUUUUAUGAUUUUGAUAGGUAAAUCUCAGAUUGGGCUUUGGUUGAAGAUCGUAGGAUGAUAUGAAGUACGUACGUAUAAAUAAUAAGUACUUAGCUCUCCAAAAUGCAAAAUGUGUGUAAAUGGGAAAAUGCCAAAUAAAGUACAGCAUUUAUACUUAACUGUUACAAUUACCUACCUACUUAAGUUACUUUUUCUACUUUGAUUGAUAAUUUACUUUAUUAAAUACGGUCUUCAAUCAUUAUGGUCCAAAAAACUUGAAACUCAUGGCAAGCUACAUAAUUGUUUAAUUGGUGCAAUCUUGUUUUCAUGUUUAGUGUUUUGUUUUUAAUUUUGUUGAUUAUAGUGCAAUAAGCUGCCAUGAUGAAAAGCCAAAUUUAACUUACGCUGUGGAAAGUGACGUCAUAACGUCUUGCCGUGACAAAUCCUUUAGAUUAUUUGUAGUAAAAAUUGGUUAAACAAUUUUGCUGUGUCCAUACGUUUUGCUAAAACAUGGACAGAGAAAAAUAAUUAAAAAAUACAGCAGGAAAUGCGUGUGACAAUGAUACGCAAAUUAACGAGGACAUGUAUCGUUUCGUUCUACGGUAAUUUAGGCUCGAAAUAAUUUUACCGUUGCGGUAAAAAACAUUACCUCAUUCAAGGUACACACAAUCUCGUGUACCCUCCGUGUACCAAACCAGUCUAUUCUAAAGUAUUAUUUUUUAUUUAAUAAUAAUUAUAAAUACGGCUGACCUCGUAAUUUUCAUUUUUUAAAUAAUCGUAAGAAAUGAUCUCAAUAAUUCCAUUUGUGUAAAUAGGAACGAGUUUGUAAAUAUAGUGCGAAGACAAGCGUAGUAAGGUAAUGUUAGAUAAUUAAUGUAAUUAGUGUGAUCUGUGCGAGGAUUGCGUGUUGUACAAAUGUGUAAAUGUCGGUUUGUUGUAAGAUGACGGUAUAUCAUGUGAGCGGAAUCGCACAAGUCGCAGGUAGGUUAGCGCCACUCGUAUAGCGUCCAAUAGCAAUGGAAAUAUUCAUUAAUAUGACACAACACCAAAGAAAUAUAUCGUAAGUCCAACGUGAGGUAAGCAACGCCAUCAUUUUCAGUAUUCUUGAGUAUUCUCUAUCUGUAGAUAUUAUUUGUGUUAGCUCCCGGUUUUAUUUAUAAUUUUCUUGAACGGCACAGUUAUUUGAAUUUUCAAUCGGCGCUGCAAAAACAUGAACUUCAGUAUAAUAAAAAAUAUUGAAAAGACCUGUAACUAAUGAAGCCGUGUCUUGUCUAUUAUUCUAUAUUCAUAAAAACUAUUUACAUGUUCACUUCAAUUAUAAUUUUUCUUGAACUCAGCCGUUGUCUUGUUUAGCGUAGAUAUAAAAUUUUAACAAGAAGUGCAUUUAUAAAUAUAGAAAUGAUUAAUAUUUAAAAAUAGAGACGAUGUAUGGAUAGUGUUGAGAGAAUAGUAUGAAUUGAAUAGUAUAUAGACUUAAAUGAAGGACUUUUGUACUUUUUGUGGUGUGUAUGGGGGUUGUGCAAAAAAUAUUUUGACAUUGUACAAAGACACAUACAGAAAAGAAUUAAAAUUGUAUCCGUUCACUAUAUCAAAAUUUUGCCAACCCUAUAAUGUGUCAAAUAAAAAAACAGGACAUUAGUACUCAUUGUAAUAUUGAUAUAAAUGUAAAUAUAAAAAAAUAUGAUUUUUAGUUAGAGCGCUGAUUGUAGACACAUCCAGUAUCUUCCUUAUCAGAGACUUUUACACGAAACAGUAAUUAAUAUCAAGUAGCAAAGUGAUCAAUAGUGACAGUAAAUACGUAUGUUAUAUAUUAUAUACCGCUUUAUACCAGGUAUCAUUAGAUCGGCAAAACAUAGCUAAGAUUAAGCUUAUUUUGGCGGAAGCAUUUAUUUGACUUGAGUGCAAGAUACAUAAAGCAAUUUGUAGAGAAAGCAAUAAGACAAUUAUGAUUUUUUAUAUUGUUAAGUUAUAGGUACAAAUAUCUCUGCAGUCUACCUCUCGAGUUAAAUAAAGACUUCGUGCCAAAAUAAGUAAGAAAAUAUCAGAAAGGAAUGUUACCGUUAAGAAAAGCAGUAUAACGCAGCUGCGUCAGUGGUGUUUAUAAAAUUAUUUUUUGUAUGGAAAGAGAAAUUAAUUUUCAUAAGCCAAUAAUGUUUAAAUGUCGAGCAAUAACUUGGAAGCCUUCGGCCGGUCUGCCGUGUUUCAGUGUUACAACUUUAUUGGUUGUAAGAACAUGUGUUGUGUAUCUUAUUGUCAGUCUGUAUGCGUGGUGCAUUUGAUUAUUGGAGUCUCACAAAGUACGAUAGCAUUAUAUUUUUAUUGAAAAUUCCGAAAUUAUUUCAACUUUAUUUUUGUUUUUGGUGACUGAUUUGUAAUUGCAAUAAUUAGUGUAAAUUGUUCAGACAUCGACUUGCCAACUGUAACUCCAAGCAAAUAUUUGACCUCAAGUGCCUUCGGCGAGUCUAGAUAAGCCAGGCCGGCUACAUUUUUGUGUUGUAUUUUUAUUUUGUACUCUGUCAGUGGUUAUAUUGUAAUUGUGUUGUACGUCAAACGUGGACACCCUUCAGUGCUGGUAUUAUGAAGGUGAUAAUUUCAAUAUAAAUAAUUGAAAAAUA